CCUGGACAGAUCCAAAGGGAAGCCAAAGGGACCACCGAAAGUGGGAAGCCCGGGGAGGCAAAACAGCCAUCGCAAGGCGAAAAGAGCAGGAUCGCAAACAAAUCAGACGACCAGCUAGCCAAAGGCCCAAAACAUAUAUAAGCAGCCUCGUCCUGGUCGUCCUCGUGAUCAGAUCGUCGUCUCUUUGCUCUAUUCUGUCAAGCUUCUUCGCCCAUCCUCCUUCCCUCGGCGCACUACUCUAACCAACAACCACCAACAACCACCUAGUCCUUCCCCCUCUCAUCUCAACUACUCUCCCUCGUCAUGUCUUCCAUCGACGGGACCACGGCCGUCGUCGAGGCGCCGGUUACCUUGAAGGCCUACCUCAUGUGCGCCUUUGCCUCGUUUGGAGGUAUCUUCUUCGGUUAUGACUCUGGUUACAUCAACGGAGUCUUGUCUUCCCGAGUCUUCAUCGAUGCUAUCGAGGGUGUCGGCGCCGAAAAGAUCAGCGCUUCCAAGACCUCGCUCAUCGUCUCGAUCUUGUCUGCCGGUACCUUCUUUGGUGCCCUCAUCGCUGGUGACGCUGCCGACAUGAUCGGACGAAGGCCCACCAUCAUCUCGGGUUGCCUCAUCUACCUCGUCGGAGUCGUCAUCCAAAUGUUCGCUGCCGAAGGUCUCGCCGCCAUCGUCGUCGGUCGUAUCGUCGCCGGUCUCGGUGUCGGUUUCGUCUCUGCCAUCAUCAUUCUCUACAUGUCGGAAAUUCGCCCCCGAAAGAUUCGAGGUGCUUUGGUCUCCGGAUACCAAUUCGCGAUCACCAUCGGUAUCAUGUUGGCCGCCAUCGUCGUCAACUUUACCAAGGACCGAUCGGACGACGGCGCUUACCGAAUCCCCAUCGGAAUCCAAUUCGCCUGGGGUUCCAUCCUCGGAUUCGGUCUCUUCUGCCUCCCCGAGUCUCCUCGAUACUUUGUCAAGAAGCAGAACAUUCCCCGAGCCCGAAACACCUUGGCUCGUCUCCGUGGUCAGGAUGAGAACUCUGCUCUGGUCGAGGCCGAGCUCGCCGAGAUUGUCGCCAACGCCGAGUACGAGAGGUCGAUGAUGCCCUCGACCACCUGGUUCGGAACCUGGGCCGCCUGUUUCCGAGGAUCCGUCUUUGAUCCCUCGUCCAACUUGCGAAAGACCAUCCUCGGAACCUCGCUCCAGAUGAUGCAACAGUGGACCGGUGUCAACUUUAUCUUCUACUACUCUACUCCCUUCCUCCAGUCGACCGGUGCCAUCGACGACCCAUUCAUUAUCUCGAUGGUCUUUACCAUUGUCAACGUGUGCUCCACCCCGAUCUCGUUCUACACCGUCGAGAAGUUUGGUCGACGAAAGCUCUUGAUCAUCGGUGCCGGUGCCAUGAUGAUCUGCCAGUUCCUCGUCGCCAUCAUCGGAGUCACCGUCGGUUUCAACAAGCUCGUCCAGACCGGUGUCGACGCCAACGGUGACCCCAUCAUGGUCGCCCGAAACAUCUCUGCCGUCAACGCCCAGGUCGCCUUUAUCGCCAUCUUCAUCUUCUUCUUUGCCAGCACUUGGGGUCCCGGUGCCUGGGUCUUGAUCGGAGAGAUCUUCCCCUUGCCCAUCCGAUCCCGAGGUGUCGCCCUUUCCACCGCCUCCAACUGGCUCUGGAACACCAUCAUCGCCGUCAUCACCCCUUACAUGGUCGACGCCGACAGGGGUAACCUCCGAUCGUCCGUCUUCUUCGUUUGGGGAGGUCUCUGCGCUUGCGCCUUUGUCUACUCGUACUUCAUGGUCCCGGAGACCAAGGGUCUUACUUUGGAGCAAGUUGACCAGAUGCUUAGUGAAACCACUCCUCGAACCUCCUCCAAGUGGAAGCCCCACGCGACCUUCGCCCAGCAGCACGACAUCUCGGACAAGGUCGAGUCCGAGAAGCGAGAGCUUGCCGCCGAGCACCAGCACGUCGACCGAUAAACGUCUCAUGUCUGGGUCAGACAGACGUUUACGGGUACGGUACCGUGUUCUAUAUGCGUUACUAUAAUCAUCUCAGGGAUUUACGCAGGCGGUGUGGGUGGUCUUGUACACAGCGCUUUGUAUAAUCGACAUUGCCAAUCUACACAUAUUUUAUCGAUUGCACCAA